GGCGGGUGUGACGUGUAUUAAAUGGUAUCCUCCAGUCUGCAAUCAACCACUAAAUUUCGGGUACACUGGGAAUUACAGCAUCCAGUCAUCCAAUCACAAUGUGCGAUGGUUGAGCGUCUUGUUCAGCCAUGUUGUGGUUUUGAAUGAGGAAGAAGCGGGAGAUAAUAUUCUUCAACGAGUUUAUAUGCAAUUUAAAGUCACGUUAAGGGUAUAUAAAUGAGUUAGGGUGUGACUCAAAAUGCUAACCGUUUUUUCGAACGCGCUGGUUGCGACUUAUCGCAUUCCUGUUGGAAUUUAAACAUACUAACAUAAAUUAGCCGUGUAGCUAACAACGUUAGCUAGCAAAGUGUGCUAGCUAGGCAACUAGCUAAUUCUCAGCUAACCAGCUAACGGUUAGCUCGUUUCGUGGGAAAGUAAAAUGAUAUUUGCGAGGAGUGUUAGCCUUUGAAAUAGCCUCAGCUAACCUGCCUCAGUCGAAUGAAGCGCAUUAGCCUCAUUUGGUUUGACUAUAUUGACAGGUAGACUGAAAGCAGCUAUAGCGAUUUAUCUUUAAACCAGCGGCGUUAUUUCUAAAACUUUUGAACCAUGUUGAAUAAAAUCUACGAAUGGAUAGAAACAAGCUUUGCCAAUCUUCGCAAUGGUGUACCAGCUGCGGAGCGCUCUGAUGCACACCGGGCAACGGGAGAUGGUCAGAUGAGGAGGAAAAGACCAAUUGAAUGUUUGGAAGAUGGACAGAAUAUCGAUAAAGAUGGCUUAAUGAUAAAGAAAUCUCGAAUGGGAGAUCUUAUUGACACAGUCAAGAUUGCAGCUGAAGGGGUUAAGACUCAUAGCUCCAGUGUGGCUACAUGGAUGAGGAACAAUGUGAGCCCAACCUUGAGAAAUAUACUGCCUGCCUCCCCUGGUCCUCCACCUGGAGAGCCACAGCCCUCAACAUCAGCAGCAGUCUGGGCAGGGAGACCGAUUGUUGAAAGGAACUCUCUGGGUGAGACGUUUGCUGCUCCCUCAACAACUUUGGAGUGGAAAACAUCCAAAACAGAAUGCUUGCGUAAUGAGAAGUCCAUUGUGGGAUCAAAAGUCUGUAGGCGACAAGUGUGUAUGAGUCCUAUACAUCGUGAAGUGCCAAAAACAAAUGGGCACUCAGUCAACUUGCCACCCUCCGUUACCCCUGAAUUGCACCCCUCUCCACGGUUAGGCAGGCCCCUAAACCUCCGACCAUACGGAACACCAAGUUUGUUUAGUGGAGUGUCAAGCAGCUCCUGCACCAGCAUGUAUGAGAAGACCUUUCCCAUCAAAGUGGUGCAGAGCCCAACACACAGCACCUCAUCUGGCCGCAUACACAAGGCCAGGCCUCGCUGUACUGCACAGGAGUCUGUUCGUGAAGAGGAGAAGGAGGUGUACAGGCAGCUUCUGACCAUGGUCUCUGGUGGUCAGUCGUCUUUCCUUCACAACGGCAACUCGCACACCAUCGUCAGGUCACACAGAGAUUUCACCAGCUUCCUGACCACCAGCCACAGACUGCUACACUUCUCUUCCCCUACUGGGUCAGCAGCAGGAGAAACUUCGGAGGAACCCAGCAGUCCCCCCAGUCCCAGGGGCAUCUCUAGCCAGAACUCCAGCAACCUCCCCAGCCCAGUGGGUGCCUCCAACAGGCCAGGGAUUCAGACGUGGUCUCUGGACACAGACCUCAGCUCCAGCAGAGCAGCUACUCUCACAUCAGCUCCCUCCCCAUCUGCUCUGCAGGAUAACUCUUCUCAGGACACACAAUCAUCGGCUCAUGAUGGUGACUCUGUAAUUAUUGUAAAUGAGCAAAAGGGUAAAAAGCAAGACAGCUCAAGUGUGCCAUGUUUCCAAGCUGAGUUAUGGAUCAAAGAAUUGACUAGUAUGUAUGACUCUCGGGCGAGAGAAAGACGGAGACAGAUAGAAGAGCAGGAGGCCCUGGCUGCCCAGCUGCUGCGACAGCGCCUGUCUGAAGAGGGGCAGCGCAGCCCAGAUGUGGAAGUCCAUGUUCGAGUUCCUUUGGAAAAGGAGGUUCCUUUGACUCUUGUGAUAGAAGAACCUAAGCCUUUGGAAGAGAAACCAGAAUUCCCUGAACUCACAGAGGAAAUGGAGGCAGAGGUGAACAGGGUGCUGAGAGAAGGUAGUUCUCAUGAAGUAUUAAGUGAAGGUUUUGGUCUCAGCCUUACGCGUAAAGACCUGCAGACCCUCAGCAACCUCAACUGGCUCAAUGAUGAGGUGAUCAACUUUUACAUGAAUCUGCUGGUUGAGCGCAGCAAGGACCCCAGCUGGCCAUCAGUCAAUACGUUCAACACUUUUUUCUAUCCAAAACUGCGCAGCAGUGGCUACUCUGCUGUCCGCCGCUGGACCAAAAAGAUGGACAUCUUUUCUAAAGAUAUCCUAUUGGUUCCUGUCCACUUGGGGGUGCACUGGUGCCUCUCUGUGGUGGAUUUCCGCAAAAAGGCUAUCCUGUACUUUGAUUCUAUGGGAGGAAACAAUGAUGAAGCAUGCAGAAUAUUGUUUGAAUACCUGCAACAGGAAAGUAAGGACAAGAAGGGCAAAGAACUGGAUACCUCAGGCUGGACUCUGCACAGCAAAAAGCGCCAUGAAAUUCCACAGCAGAUGAAUGGUAGUGACUGUGGAAUGUUCACAUGCAAAUAUGCAGAUUACAUUACCAAAGACAAGCCAAUCACAUUCACACAGAAACACAUGCCCUACUUCAGAAGAAGGAUGGUUUGGGAGAUUGUGAACCAUAAGCUGUUGUGAUGUCAGUAUGAGGAUUGUGAACUUGUAUAGUCGGCUCACAAUGUCAGAAAUAUGAGUAACGUAACAAUGGCUGCGCUACGUUCAGCAGCAGGAUCCGCUUACAGGAGUCCUGUUCUGGGAUAGACUUGCACACCAGCUCAUCAGAUCAGGAACCAGAUCUGCAACUCUCCAUCCUCUAAGCCCCCAGCUGAAGGGAUUGUUGCUGGAGCACCAAGCACUGCCUACCAGUCCUCUACUCCACUUUGUUGUUUUUUGGUGAACCCAUGGAGUAUCAGUAUAGCAGCUGAAACACUGCGUGUUUUGUAUCGCCCAGCCAGAACUGUUUUUGAAAUCACACUUGUACUGACUUACAAACCAUACUCUGAGCUGCAAUGUUUAGUUUGAUGCAGACAUACAAAGUUUACAUGUUUUUGUCUUACAGGGAGAUGGGCACAUUAUGCUGCAUUGUAUUUUAAUAACGACAGUAAUUCUACAUUUUGGUACUCUUGGUAUGUGCAAAGAAAAAUUGACUUUACCAUGAAAAUAUGAAUGCCCACAGAACUGAAAUUUGAAUGGCAUCCUGUAUAAAAAAUGUGUCUCUGUAUUUGGGCAUGAGACUUGGUCUGUUUUUGUUUUGUUUUUUUCAUAUUAUGAACAUUUCACCUAAAACAGGAUUAUUUUUGCAAUUUAUUUCAUUAAAAUGCACAAAAGUCUGCAAAUGUGACAUUGCCUCAGAGUAUGAUUUAUAAUGAAAAUAUAAACAGCAGGGUCAAAAGGUUUUGCCAUUUCCUUCUUCCCCAUUAGUCUUGAUUAAAGAUUGUAAAUUAAGGUUCAAAGUCUAUUUUAUGUAGCGUAUUUCAGAGUCUCUUUUCAUUCAACAGCAAAUUUGGGCAUAUUCAGUAUAUUUUGAAUUUUGUACAUACUUAAAACAUAUACAGCCUCUUGAACAGUGUAAUAUACUUUUUAUUUACGUAUCUAUUUUUAUCUAGAUUCAAGUCUGUUUUGGAAAUAAAUUCUCAUGUAUUGUGACUGUUCUUUGUGUAUUACCUCAAAAACAGCUGGGUUUGAUAUAAAAACUGCCACAUUUGAUAAUUUGAUAAACAUGAGAGAACCUGA